AUGUCACAGGACAACGACCGCGAGCUCGCGCGGCUCUGGCGCGUGUCCAAGACGGUGCACGAGAUGAUCCGUGACCGCGGCUACGAGGUGGCAGACUACGAGAUCAACACGCCCUUUGACGACUUCAAGGACCUGUACAGCGGCGGUGGCGGUGUUGACCGCGGGCGGAUGAACUUCCACGCCGACCACGCAGAGGACCGGUCAAACAGGAUAUACGUUCACUUCUGCCCCGAGAAGAAUGUGUCCAAGGCCGCCAUGAAGACCUUCAUCACCUCACUGGAUGCGGCUGGUGCCAAGCGCGGCAUCAUUGUGUGGAGCGAGAAGAUGAGCCCUGCUGCCAAGAAGACGCUACUCGAGAUGCAGAGCGAGUACCACCUCGAGGACUUUCCCGAGUCGGACCUGCUGGUCAACAUUACCAUGCACUUCCUCGUUCCCAAGCACACGAUCAUGACCAGCGAGGAGAAGACGGCCCUGAUCAAGCGCUACCGCCUGAAGGACACCCAGCUCCCGCGUAUCAUGGUGUCGGACCCCGUCGCCCGCUACUACGGCAUGCGGCGAGGACAGGUCAUGCGCAUUGAGCGCACGUCCGAGACCGCCGGACGGUACAUCACCUACCGUAUCUGUAUGUAA